AUGUUCGCUCUCGACACGCACGAACCGCAGGUCGAGUCGGCCGAUGGCCUAAAGAUCUGGGCGGCCCAGGCCGGCCGUUCUGCCAAGGAGGCACCGGCCAUUGUCUUUAUCCCCGGCUUUGCCAGUUCGGCGCUUCUCUUUGACCUCCAGUUCCGUGACGAGGAGUUGCUGUCCAAGUACUGUCUGAUCACCUACGAACCCCGUGGGCAGGGCCGGUCCGACUCGCCGUCCAAAGACGAGCAGUGGACGUCGUUGUGCUACGCCCAAGACUUUGCUGCAGUCUGCGCCUAUUACGGCGCCUCCAAGGUCUUUGCUGCGGGCUGGAGUGCCGGAUGCACCAUUAUUUCGGACGUCUUCGAGCACGACUUUGGCCAUCUCAUCGCCGGCCUGAUCUAUCUCGCCGGCGUGCCCUAUAUGGAACUGUUUCCCAAAGUCAACUUCCCCUCCGUGGGCAAGUAUUAUCAGCCGAUCAAAGAAGCUUCCACAGGCGACACACACGGCCAAAUCAUAGCCGACUUUCUCGACCUCUGCGUCUGGAAGCCCAACCGCGAAGCGAUGUCCUACACCCUCCGGUCGGCGCUCAUCGGCACUGUGACCACGACGCCCACCACGGUCCGCCUCCACAGCCAGACCAAGCACGCCCAAAACCCGGCCAAGCUGCUGGCCGCCAUUCCCCACUACGACGCCCUCUUCAUCGUCGGCGACCAGGAAGAGGUCGUGAAGCCAGACGCCUUGGUUGCCAUGUUCCAGGAGACGUUCCCGCGUCUGGAUGUGGUGCGCGUGCCGGAGGCGGGCCACGCGGUGUAUUGGGAGCGGCCCGUGGAGACGAACACGGCCAUUGUCAAGUUUGUUGACCGGGUGGUGAAGGCAUAG